AUGGCUAAACCACAAGUCCUCCUCCUCGGCAAAAUCGACCAGUGAGUCCCCCUCCCCCCAAGUCUGCCACUUCCUCCCGUCCUCUUCGAAAAAGCAAUCCCAAUCGACCCACUAACCAUUCCAUUUCCCUCUCCAAAGCGCCCAUGAGAAAUGGAACUCCCUCAGCGAAAUCGCAGAGCUCCUCGAACCCAAAGCCCGCAACCGCGAAGCCUUCAUCGCCGAAUGUCACUCCGGGGCCCUGGACAACGUCGUAGCCGUCUAUCGCACCUUUGGCAGCGUGGAAAUCACGGGUCUCUGGGACGCGGAGUUGAUCCGUGCGUUGCCCGAGAGUGUGAGAUUUUGUGCUCAUAAUGGGGCUGGGUAUGAUCAGGUUGAUGUGUAA